GAACUAGAAUCACCAUUACCCUUUUUUAACUGACUGGAGAUCUGAUUUAUGAAACUGUCAGACUGAUUGUACUGUUUAACCACAUGCAAAACGUUAUUCAUUUUUUACUGUCAGUGCUUUUUUUUACAAUACACAAUAUAUGUGAGCCCACCUAAUAAUAUAAGCAAAUCACAAAUUUCAUUCAUUUUAAGAUUAGUGGACUCCAUUGUCGUGCACGCAUUUCCGGGACGUUCACUCGAGUUCGAUCGCUUCUCCGUUUACUAACCAGACAAGGCCCACCGCAUUUCAAGCUAUACUACAUUACCGCUGUGAUUUAGCCGCACUGUUUACGAAAUGUGGAUUUUUACUUAUUGCAGAAAGCAAUAACUGCUGCCACAAAUACAUUCAGGGGGUCAGUGUCUACUAAGAGUUUGAAAAUGUCAGGAGGGGCCACCGGAGGGGCGUCCUCUUGCAUCAACGCAGCCGCCGCCAGCAGCAGUUCAGCGGGGUCCAGCUAUGGCGCUUUGGGCGGAGGCUGCGGAGUGGCGGGCAGACUACCCAGCCGUGUUCUCGAGCAUGUGUUCUCUUAUCUGGACCUGUAUGAUUUAAUGCGAUGCUCGUUAGUGUGCUGGCACUGGAACAACUGUCUGGCGGACGAGAACAGCGAGGUGUGGCGGUGUCUUGCCGCACUCUCACUCAGCGACGAGGCGCUACGCUCCGACAUUCUCUGCAAUAUUCCUACGUACAAGGGGAAGCUCAAGGCAUCCCAGCAUGCUCUGAGUUCCCACGACUGUUCACGGAACGUGUACGUGAAGAAGAACGGCUUCACGCUCCACCGCAACCCCAUCGCCCAGAGCACAGACGGGGCGCGCGCCAAGAUCGGCUUCUCCGAGGGCCGGCACGCCUGGGAGGUGUGGUGGGAGGGGCCCCUGGGCACCGUGGCAGUGAUCGGCAUCGCCACCAAGCGCGCUGCCAUGCAGUGCCAGGGCUAUGUGGCUCUGCUGGGCAGUGACGACCAGAGCUGGGGCUGGAACCUGGUGGACAACAGCCUGCUGCACAACGGAGAGGUCAAUGGAAACUUCCCCCAGUGCAACAACGCCCCCAAAUACCAGAUCGGGGAGCGGAUCCGCGUGAUCCUGGACAUGGACGACAAGACGCUGGCCUUCGAGAGAGGCUUUGAGUUUCUGGGCGUGGCCUUCCGAGGGUUGCCUAAAGCCUGCCUGUUCCCCGCCGUCUCUGCCGUCUACGGCAACACCGAGGUCACCAUGGUAUACCUGGGCAAACCCCUGGACGGCUAGUGCACCUGGGCCAGGUGUGUCAGGGAGAAUCACUCUGCAGACGGAUGAAGAGCUGUUGACAUUCCACACCACGAGGGAACAGAACUCAGUGUACCAGAGGGUUGGGGAGUGUUAUGUCAGAAGUGUUUCUGUCUCCCAGUGGUUGUACCCACAUCAGCUGCAGGACCUUUUUAUUUAUGUGAUGGAAGGACUUUAUUAACAUUUUAUUUUGAACAUUUAUGAAGUAACACUAUUGAAUAUUGAGGUUUUGUGUCAGUUUAAAAAAGCCAAACCAAAUACAACAUGUUAGAAUGACAACGUAGAAGAUGUUGUGAUCAUAUGAUGGGACGUUCAUUUAAAAGGACAUCCUGCAUCUCAUUUGAUAGUUGCUUUGAGGCAAAGCAAACAGUUCCAUCUCACCAUCUAAUCACUGGCAGGUGCCCUGCUCACAUACAGAAGGAGAAGAUAUACAGGUUUCCUGUCACUAUGGACUUUAGAGGUUCAGAUCUGGAUCCAUGUUUUUGGACAUGGACUUAUAUGGACUUGAGAUCACUGUUGAAGUCAGCGAGCAUAUUUUCGUUUUGAUUGUAAAGACGUUUAAAUCAUGACAGUAGAUGAAAGAAUUGCACGUCCUAAUAAUACCUAUUGUACAACGUGGAAUUAUAAUCUCUGUAUUUAUCUCCAAACAAAUGUACCUGACAUUAAGGAGUAUGUGAUGACCUCUUGCCAAACUAGAAUGGAGGCCUGUUCCUCCAGGGAGCUAUGAGGGGUGCCAGUACAGCCAGCCCGCAGCGCUGGUCAUCUUGCUGCAGGGUUAGGGUUAUGGUUAGCUCCUGUGGACGGUUCACAGGGAGGGGAGUUUGUGAGCUGUCUGGAACUGCAUCCCUGCUACUGUGGUGUUGUAUAUCAUGCUAUUUAUUGAGAGGUUUUAUCAGUGCGACUGUGGAUGCAGCCAUGAAGCCUUAGCUUCCUCAUAACUGCAGCUCUAUUAAAGUCUAGAUGGUGCCAGUCAAUGAAGCGUCUGGGUUGUUGCUUAGCUUAUUUAUUCAGCAAAGCUAUUGCUGCACCUGUCCUCUGAUGAUGCAGCCUUCAGAAAUGAGGUAGUAGGAACUUUAGAGAUGCCAAACUGUUAUUCAGUGUAUUGCUAAAUGUUGCUCUUCUUGGUGAAACACAUGAUAUGCUGAAUUUAAAAAUAUAUAUUUUUUGACCAUUGAGAAAUUCCAUCUACCCAUUUGUUAUAAAAGAUCCAGAAUUCGUGUCUGUAAGUAACAGUGCCCCAUCUGGUGGUUAAAAGCUGCCACUGCGUCCAUGAGAGCCUCCCAGAGAAAAACUCCUUAGAAACGCAC